AUGGACAAGGUAUCAAGACUUGCCAUAGACCAUUUUCAUGUCACAGGUGAAGGGGAUAUCCUGACAUAUUUCCUUUGCAUAUCAGACUUGUGUACCUUUCUUUUGAAACAUUUGGAUUCCAGCAAUGGCGCUGUGUUUACUGCUUCGGAGGAAAUCUCGUCCAGUCUUCUGCUCUCCCAGAACUGGUCCCUUCGUUUGGAUGUUGGCAAUGUUCUAUUUGUCCUCCAUGGACGCAUUUGCCACACUCCGUGUACUAGACCACAGGGGAGUGCCUCGUCGCUGCCAAAUACUUGCUGCAAAUGUUGCAGUCACUUGUGA